AUGGUGAAGCCAGAAAUCAACAAGGAAGCCCUAUUCUGGCUGGUGGUUUGGACUGCCAAUAAUGUGGGUGUGACACUUCUCAACAAAGCGGCCUUUGCCAAGGUGGAUUUCCACUAUCCCUACUUUCUCAGUUUUGUGCAUAUGGUAUGCAACUCCAUCGGCAGCCAAGGUGUCUUUUGGAGUAUCCGUCGUGACAAUCAACGCCUCAAAGCAGCCGGUAUUUCCGAAGGCCAAGCAUCCAGAAAACAAUUGGGAUUCUUUCAGCGCCUACUGGGCAAUAUCACCCGCAAAGAAUUGGAUCCCAAGGGCCGACAAAAAAUUCUGGCGUUUAGUGUGAUUUUCUCACUCAAUAUUGCCAUUGGAAAUGUCUCUCUACGACACGUGUCUGUGAAUUUCAAUCAAGUCAUGCGAUCCUUGGUCCCUGCAUUGACCAUUGGCAUGGGAUUGGCACUCAAAAAACCAGUUUCGGCACAGCGAAUAUUCAAGCGGCAACUGGCAAGCCCGAGGCCUACAUUGCCGUCAGCAUCAAUGACAAGGCCAGUGUCAUUUUUGGGGGCACGGACGAACCAACCGCCCUUGGUUGCCUCUACUCGAUUGGUGCCAUUGCUCAAGAAUCCAAUGGCAAGAUUCAGACAUCGGUGA